AACCGUCAAACCGAUUGCAAAGAGCGCGUGCGUGCGUGAACCGUUUCACGGACGGAACAGAGGCCCUGGCUUCCAGUAGCUACUCUUCCGGACGGCUUCCGCUUGAUCAAUUGUUCGUAUCGUAUCCCCAUUAUGACAGCUGAGACACUCAAGCCGUUUAUAACACCAACGAGUGCCGCCGGCGGCUUCCCGGCCAAGCAAUCGAGCGCCGCAAAAGCCCAGCGUAAGACGCGACAGCUCAUCCCGAUUGUCUUGGGUGUAGUGGGUCUGGCCCUUGUCGUUGCCAUCCUCAGCUUAACGGUUGUUCGAUGUCGAUGUCGUUGUCUGAUCAUGGCAUAUCGUCACCAACAAGUCUUUGGGCCAAAUCGCUUCCUAAUGAUCCAGCCUAAUCCAAACAAGCCGCAAGACAACAGCACAGCGGAUGCAGAUACAUAUAUCUGGCAGUCUUCGCGUCUCACACAUUUGGACAAGGAGCUGCAAAGUCUUAAGCGGGUCGUCAGCAGUCUCCAGCAGCGUUUGGGCAUACAAUAUCUGGACGAACUCGACGAUUUCCAAAAGGAGUAUGAGAAUGCGCUCAUUGAAUAUCCCAACAAACUGGACGGCAUCCCCGACGAUGACGACGACGGCGACGGGGAUGGUGAUGGGGAGGAUGGUGAUGAGGACAUAGAUGCAGACGACGAAGACGGCUUUUUCAUCGACCAUGGGGAUGAAGAAGGAGACGGGAGUCUCUAUGACGAGUACGACGAACCGGAGGAAACCACGCCAGCGUCUAACACGGAGAAACCGGAUGGCAACAACAGCGCCUCGUCUGCCUCUAACGAUGACAACGUCUACGAUGAUUUUACCAACUACAACGAUUCCAAAAAGAAGAAUAAUAGGAGGAAGUCUCGCUCGAUUGCCGAUGUGCGCAAUGAGGUGCAGACAACCCAAUCCAACCAAACGGAGCUGAACGAGAAGGCCAAGGAGGCCAAGGAGAGCUCAUCCUCAGGGCAGCACAACCAUCGCCGCACGCUGCGUCCACGCACCAGUCGCCAGAGGGUGCUGGUCCGGAAAGGUGAAUCUCUUAUUUCAGCCAAAUCCACAACCAGUUCGGGCUCCCGCACCCCAGCCGCUCACUUCCAUCUGAAUCGCAAGGUGCCGCACCACAAUGCCCCCAUUCAACUGAGUUCUCACCAGGGAGACAUGUAUAUUGGACAUGCCACAGCGGGCAGCGACAACGCGUGGCAGGAGUACUUCAGUAUCACCAACGGAGUUCUGACGGCCCAUCAGCCGGGACUGUAUUACGUGUAUGCCCAGAUCUGCUACAACAACACGCAAGAUCAGAACGGGUUCAUUGUGUUCCACGGCCACAACGCCUUCCUACAGUGCCUGAACACGGUGCCCACGAACAUGCCCCAGAAGAUUCACACGUGCCACACCAGUGGACUGAUCCAGCUGCGCGGGCAGGAGUCGAUCCACCUGCGGGACAUUCAUCGCGAUCGCUACGUACUGCUGAGGGACUCCAACAAUCGCAGCUACUUUGGCAUCAUCAAAUUGUAGGCUCCAAUCCAGGGGGAUCCACAGCGUAUCCCCAGCCUCGUGGCCAGUUUAAGCUUUAGUAGUCCUGUCCCUGCGCUGGACUGGACUGCUCGUGAAUACAGUCCAUCGCCUGCAUGGAUCUAAAAGUUUGUAGAUCCUUCUUAGCCUUAGUUACUCAUAAUCUACUCAUAAUCUCAAGCCGAAUCAUGCAUAACGCAAUGAAAGCACAAAGCUGAAAACCACAUGAAAAUCAUAUUUAUUUUGUAUAUAUUCGUGAAUAAAAAUCUAGUUCAACUUGUA